UCCAGCGAUACUCACGGACAGCAGUGAAGUCUAAACUCGUGUUUGGAGCAAGUUUCAUCAGUAUUUUCUGGAGUUUGUUCAUUACCGAGCUGCUUACUCUAAAGCCUUCAGGCAAAAGAAGACAACUGUUGGAACAAAAUACUCAUUUACCCAGAACAACAAGGUCAUGGAGAUUCAUCAGUCUGCUGUGAUUCUGCUGCUGAUCUUGAGUGUUUCAUCCUUCACUCACGGACAACCACCAGCACAUAUAAAGCCCCGCUAUGAAAAAUUCCUCAAACAGCAUUACAAUCCUGAUAUGACCGUGCAGAAGUGUGACACUGUAAUUCGUGGAAAUAGAGAUUUUAUUCACAGUGAAACUGAAAAUGGCUGCAAAAAAAUCAACACCUUCAUAAAAGCAAAUUCAAAUGAUAUUAAAGCAGUUUGUGGAAAAGCAGGAAAACCGUACCGCAAUAUGGUUGCGAGCACCAAGCCUUUUUCUGUGGUCACCUGCAAAUUACACAGCGGGGAUACACACCCAAACUGUAAAUACAGAGGGGUCCAGGACACUCGUUAUAUAGUGUUGGCGUGUGAACAUGGCUGGCCUGUACAUUAUGAUGAAGGCAUAUAUAAGCCUAAUGGAAGCUAAAUACAGGCUUAAUAGAGCCUUGCAGUGCUUCACAAUAUAUUUCUAAUCAUUUGUUCAUUUCUCCUUUUUAGUCAUUCUUUGUUUUUGAAGUGCAAAAAAAAAAAAAAGAAAUCAGUGAGUCCUCAUUUAGAGGUUAACAUGCUGUCAGUGGUUUUUAACCAGUUCUUCACGUGUGCUGUAAACAAAGUCAAAGUCUAUUAAUGACGCACAGCUGUGAACAUGAACACAAUACAUUCAUACAUGUACUUAAGCAUAAUUAAGCAAAAAAAAUAAAAAAUUUAUUUCCUUUUAACAGCAUAAGUUCACCUUAGGUUAAAAGGAAAUGUACUUCUCUCUGAUAUGAACAAGAAUAUUUUCACUGUCUCUCAUCAUUUACGUUGAGUAUAAUGUUAAAAAUAACUACAGUAUUUCUUUUAGUUUAUGGUAUAUUCUGCACAUCUUCAUGCACGUCUCUGUGUCCAUCACUCUGUUAACACUUUCUGAGCAUUGAAAAUUUUUUUAAUGGGAGUAGUGAAUGAGCAAAAACAGAAGAGGGAAGAAAGAUGCAGAUGUUUUUACAGACGUCUGUAAUCCUCAAUAAAACUUCUCUACUACCCUUAAA